AAAACAAAUAACAAUGGAGAAAGUCGCAGCUGAUUUGAGAAAGAACAAUUUCAAAAACAAGGAUGCUUUUGGUUCUGACCAAGUGAGAGAGCGUAGACAAAAGCACACGGUCGAGAUUAGAAAGCAAAAGCGUGAAGAAAACUUGUCAAAGCGUCGUAACAUGAAUCUUCCAAGCGCGUCCAUGUCUGACAGUGAUGAAGAAAUCGAGGUUGAUAAUGAUGUCAACUUACACGCAACUUUAAUGGCAUUGAUUGCUGAUGUGAACUCUAGCGAUGUCGAAAAGCAAUAUGACGCUACUACCAAGUUCAGAAAGUUGCUUUCAAAGGAAACCAAUCCUCCCAUCAGAGACGUUAUUAAUACUGGUGUCGUGCCCAAAUUUGUCGAGUUCUUGCGUUCUCCUCAUGGUUUAUUACAAUUUGAAGCGGCUUGGGCUUUAACCAACAUUGCCUCCGGUUCCUCCGAUCAAACCGAAGUUGUCAUUGCCUCUGGUGCUGUACCCAUUUUCAUCGAAUUACUCAGCAGCACCGUACCCGAUGUGAAGGAACAGGCUGUGUGGGCUCUCGGUAACAUUGCUGGUGAUAGCGCAGUAUGCCGUGACUAUGUAUUAGAGCAAGGAGCAUUAGGACCACUUUUGAUCAUCUUGAACGAACAAAACAAAUUAAGUAUGCUUCGUAAUGCUACCUGGACACUUUCGAAUUUGUGCCGUGGUAAGAACCCUCAACCCAACUGGGAGAUGGUUGUUCCUGCCCUCCCCGUCCUUGCGAAAUUGAUUUAUUUUGCCGAUGAAGAAGUCUUGAUUGAUGCCUGUUGGGCUAUCUCUUACCUCUCUGAUGGUUACAAUGAUCGUAUUCAAGCUGUGAUUGAGAGCGGUGUCUGUCGUCGUCUUGUCGAGCUCUUGAUGCAUCCUUCUACCUCUGUUCAAACCCCCGCUUUACGUUCCGUCGGUAAUAUUGUGACAGGUGACGAUUUACAAACACAAGUCAUUAUCAACUGCGGUGUAUUACCUGCUCUUUCAUCACUUUUGACAAGUGCAAAGGAGGCAAUUCGCAAGGAAGCUUGUUGGACAAUUUCAAACAUCACGGCUGGUACCACACAACAAAUUGAUCAAGUGAUUGAGAACAACAUUAUUCCUCCUCUUGUACAUAUUUUAGCCAAUGCUGAUUUCAAGACUCGUAAAGAAGCCUGUUGGGCUAUUGUGAAUGCCACCUCCGGCGGAUUAAACAAGCCAACUCAAAUUCAAUAUAUGGUACAAAGUGGUGUGAUCAAGCCUCUCUGUGAUGUAUUGAUUGGUAUGGAUAAUAAGAUUGUGCAAGUAGCUUUGGAUGGAUUGGAGAAUAUUUUAAAGGUUGGUGAACAAGAUCGUCCCAACGACCCCGAGGGUGUGAACCGAUACGCACUCUAUAUCGAAGAGUGUGGUGGUAUGGAUUUGAUCCAUCAAUUACAAACCCAUGAGAAUGAAGAUGUAUACAAAAAGGCCUAUCAUAUCAUUGAUCGUUAUUUCACAGAUGAAGAUACUGAAGAAAUGACCGAUGAAGCUCAUCCUCAAUCCUUUAGUUUCCAAUCCAAUGUUGAUGUUCCUCAAGGUGGAUUUAACUUUGGCAACUAAGAAAAAAACCUUUCGUUAUUUUUUUUUUACACACACACGCACAUACAAAAAAAAAAGAAAAGGAUUUUCUUUUCUUUUCCCCUUCCCUUCCCCUCCCCUCCCCAUCCCUCUACACCCACACACUCACACAACCCAAUACACACACUCUCUCUCUCUUUCUCACACACACACACAUAUUUUCUUAAUAAAAAAAACUUUCUUUUCUUUUA